GAGGCGGGCGUUAUUAGAGAACGAGCAGAAAAAAGCAGCUCAAUCCGUGAGUGUGCAGAAGACAGCUAACCCCUCGGUUCCGUCUCGACCCUCCUGCUGCAUCAUGCGCGAGAUUGUGCACCUGCAAGCCGGCCAGUGCGGCAACCAGAUUGGAGCCAAGUUCUGGGAGGUUAUCAGUGAUGAGCAUGGCAUUGAUCCAACAGGAACAUAUCAUGGAGACAGUGACCUGCAGCUAGACAGGAUCAGUGUUUACUACAAUGAGGCCUCAGGUGGGAAGUAUGUUCCCCGGGCCAUCUUGGUGGACCUGGAGCCUGGCACGAUGGAUUCGGUUCGUUCGGGACCCUUUGGUCAGAUAUUUAGACCUGACAACUUUGUGUUUGGUCAGAGUGGUGCUGGAAACAACUGGGCCAAAGGUCACUACACAGAAGGAGCAGAGCUGGUGGACUCAGUACUGGAUGUUGUCCGUAAGGAAGCAGAAAGCUGCGACUGCCUGCAAGGCUUCCAGCUCACUCACUCUCUCGGCGGAGGCACCGGCUCCGGCAUGGGAACCCUCCUUAUCAGCAAGAUCCGCGAGGAGUAUCCCGACCGCAUCAUGAACACCUUCAGCGUGGUGCCCUCACCCAAGGUGUCCGACACCGUGGUGGAGCCCUACAACGCCACGCUGUCCGUCCACCAGCUGGUGGAGAACACUGACGAGACCUACUGCAUCGACAACGAGGCUCUUUAUGACAUCUGCUUCCGCACGCUCAAGCUCACCACACCAACUUACGGUGACCUCAACCAUCUCGUCUCCGCCACCAUGAGCGGCGUGACAACCUGCCUCCGCUUCCCCGGCCAGCUCAACGCAGACCUUCGCAAACUGGCAGUCAACAUGGUGCCCUUCCCGCGUCUCCACUUCUUCAUGCCAGGCUUCGCUCCACUCACCAGCCGAGGCAGCCAGCAGUACCGCUCUCUCUCAGUUCCCGAGCUCACACAGCAGAUGUUCGACGCCAAGAACAUGAUGGCCGCCUGUGACCCGCGUCACGGCCGCUACCUGACCGUGGCCGCCGUCUUCCGCGGACGCAUGUCCAUGAAGGAGGUGGACGAGCAGAUGCUGAACGUCCAAAACAAGAACAGCAGCUACUUCGUCGAGUGGAUUCCCAAUAAUGUCAAGACCGCUGUUUGCGACAUCCCACCACGCGGGCUCAAAAUGGCAGCCACUUUCAUCGGCAACAGCACGGCCAUCCAGGAGCUCUUCAAACGCAUUUCUGAGCAGUUCACCGCUAUGUUCCGCCGCAAAGCUUUCUUGCACUGGUACACCGGCGAGGGCAUGGACGAGAUGGAGUUCACCGAGGCAGAGAGCAACAUGAACGACCUGGUGUCUGAGUACCAGCAGUACCAGGACGCCACCGCCGAAGAGGGCGAGUUCGAGGAGGGCGAGGAGGAGAUUGCCUAAAUCGCAACCACCAGACGAAAUAGUGUUCUACUCCAUCACCAUCAUUUCAUCCUUAUCACCACAAACCGAUGCUCUCCAUAACUAUGAAUGGGUUUUUACAUUCACUAUCCAUGAACUACAGCCCUACCGGUGACAUUGAGGAAUUGUGUAGUUUGGUUUUGUGUUUCUGAGUGUUUGUGAAUCCAACAACGCAAGCGAUUUUUAUUGUGAAGCCUUCAGAUUCCAUAACGAUGAAAAUAUUGUCCAUGUCGAUCUGAAUAAAGGCAAAUUCUGAAUCUGAA